UGAUAUCCCCCUCUGUAUCCCAUAUCAAAAGAAAACCCCAUAAAAGAGAAGAGAAAGCCCGAAAAAAGACUCAUUGGUUGGUAUUGGUAGUAGCAGUCGAGAUGUUGAGGGGGAGCACGGGGCUCAUAGGAGUGGUGAACUUUAUAACGUUUCUGGGGUCGAUUCCGAUACUGGCAGGAGGGAUAUGGCUGGGCUCCCGGGCCAACAACACGGACUGCCUCCGCUUCCUCCAGUGGCCUAUCAUCAUCAUAGGAUUGACCAUCUUUGUUGUCUCGCUUAUGGGCUUCGCCGGCGCAUGCUACCGAAUCUCCUGGCUUCUCCGACUCUACCUCUUCGUCAUGUUCUUCGUCAUCGUCGCCCUCGUGGGGUUCAUCAUCUUUGCCUACUCCGUCACCGACCGCGGCCACGGGCAGGUCAUCAUGGACCGCGGCUACUACGAGUACCAGCUCUCCGACUACUCGGGUUGGCUCAAGGACCGCGUCUCCGACCCCAACUACUGGGCCAAGAUCAGCGCCUGCCUCCACGAUGCCGGCGCCUGCAAGGGGAUGGCCCAGGGUAUGCGUGACCCGGUCACCGGGAUGCGGGUGCCGGAGUCUGUCGCCACGUUCAACCAGCGCCAUCUCUCUCCCAUCGAGUCAGGGUGUUGCAAGCCACCCACAUCAUGUGGCUUCACUUAUGUGAACGAGACCUACUGGACUCCUGGAGCAGGGACCGUGGGGUACGCCGAUCCUGACUGCACCAAGUGGAACAAUGACCAGCAGCUGCUAUGCUACCAGUGCGACUCUUGCAAGGCUGGGGUUCUUGCAAGCAUCAGGCACAGCUGGAGGAAGGUCUCUGUGAUCAAUGUUGUGGUGCUGAUCGUUCUUGUGAUCGUAUACGUUGUUGGGUGUGCCGCAUUCAGGAACAGCAGGAAGAUAGAGAACGAUGAGCCAUUCGGCGUGAACAGGAUGACUAAAGCAAGGCCUAGCAGGAUCCAGUUUUAACCAGAACCGUUAAGUUAUAGGUGUUAUGUUAAAAAGAAGGUAUUGAAUACUUAGAUGGAUUAGAAGGUUGGGUAUGUGAUCCCUUGUAUCCUUUUCAUUUCAACAGCAAUUGCUUCUUGGUCUUUUGAUGACCUAAGGAAGAGCAGAGGCUUGUGUCCAAUUUCUGUAUGCUUGUUUUGUCCUAGUAGGUUUGUUCCGGUCCAUCCUGUUUCAGUACAGUACAAGCUAUCUACUGAAGAAAA